AUGAGGCAUCCUGGGCUAAUGGGCCUAUGGCCGCUAACCACCUCCAAACCCACGCCGCUAAUUAGGGUUCUUCCUCCUCCUCCACCACCACCACUCCACGCGGCCACGACCAUGGCCACCGCCGCCUCCUCCUCCACGGCGCGCCGCCGCCCGCGCCGGGGCUCCAAGGGCCCCAACUCCGACCUCUCCCGCACCCUCACCGACUGCACCCGCCGUGGCGACGCCGCCGCCGCCAUGGCCGCCUUCGACUCCGCCGUCUCCGGCCCCGACCCCCCGCGCCUCCUCGCCCACCAGUACAACCAGCUCCUCCACCUCCUCGCCUCAGCCGACGCCGCCGAGUUCCCCACCCCCGCCGCCGCCGCCGCCCGCCGCGUCUUCUCCCACAUGCUCGAGGCCGGGGCCUCCCCCUCCGAGGCCACGAUCACCUCGCUCGCCCGCGUCACCGCCUCCGAUGCCUCCAACCCCGCCGCCGCCGACGAGGCCUUCGAGCUCGUGGCCACCAUGAAGGACAAGUACGGCGUCGUCCCGCGCCUCCGCUCGUACAGCCCCGUGCUCGCCGCGUUCCGGCGCGCCGGGGAGGCCGGGAAGGCCUACGCCGUCGACGCCCACAUGGAGGCUUCGACUGUCUCACCUGAGGAGCCUGAGAUUGCUGCACUACUUGAUGUCAGCAUGAAAGCAGGGGAUGCAGGCAAGGUGUAUGAGUAUAUGCAUAAGCUGAGACGCACGGUGGAUUGUGUCAGUGAAGGGACUGCAGAGGUGCUGGAGGGUUGGUUUCGGAGCGGCAAGGCGGCGAUGUUGGGUAAGGCCGAGUGGGACGCUUGUCAAGUGAAAGACGCCAUUGUGGCCAAUGGUGGCGGGUGCCAUCGGCUUGGAUGGCUUGGGACCGGCCCUUGGAUGGUGCAGCGAGUAAGAGCUGGGGCAGAUGGCCAAUGUGGGGGUUGUGGAUGCCGUCUUGCAUGUGUUGACAUUGACAUGGAGGAGACACGGAGGUUUGCUGACUCUGUUGCCGGUUUGGCCUUUCAGAGGGAGACUAAAACUAAUUUUAGCCAGUUUCAGGAGUGGUUGGAAGAACAUGGUGAAUAUGAAGCUAUAGUUGAUGGUGCAAAUAUUGCACUUUAUCAACAAAAUUUUGCAGAGGGUGGCUUUAGUUUGACUCAGUUGGACGCUGUUGUAACAGAGCUACGUGAUAGAUAUAAUGGUAAAUGGCCACUUGUUGUAUUACAUAAUAAGCGCAUUGCCAAGCUUAUGGAAAAUUCAUCUAAUAGACACCUGAUUGAAACCUGGAGAGCAAAUGGCGCAUUGUAUACUUCACCAAUUGGGUCAAAUGAUGACUGGUAUUGGCUAUAUGCAGCAAUUAGGUUGAAUUGUUUGCUUGUUAGUAAUGAUGAAAUGAGAGAUCACAUAUUUGAGCUCCUGGGAUCAUCUUUUUUUCCCAAGUGGAAGCAACGGCAUCAGGUCAAGUACACUUUCAGUAAAGGAAAGGCAGUACUUAUGAUGCCACCCCCAUAUUCUUCAGAGAUUCAAGAAUCGAAGAUGGGAUCCUGGCAUGUGCCUAUGGAGGAGAAAUCUGGUGAUGAGAGAGUUAGGAUUUGGCUUUGUAUUGAUAGAACAGAACACUGCAAACAACCUCAUGAAGCUCCUGCAGCAAACGGGGUUGCCCAAGAUAUGUCUCCCAGAGUGGCAACUAAUGUGUCUGAGCAGAGGCGAGCUGAAGACAAUGGUGGCUCCAUAACCGGCAAAAGGAAGGAUAGAGAUUGAUCAUCUACCCAGCAGCUGAGGCAUCCCAGAUAAGGCAUACUGUGUUCAUUCCACCGACGUAGUUCUGAAUUAGGGAUGUAGCGGCAGUGCAUCCCUAAAUGCCCGCAUGUUGUACUCUGCAUCCCCUGAGGCAUUACAUCCCGAAAUGCCCAUUUAUGGGAUAAGAAACGUUUUUAACUAUAACUAGGGUGCGGUUACAGCAGAGCUCCAGUGGUUUUUUUUUUUUGGGUGAAGAGCAGCACAAUUGGUGAAAAUUUCGUGUUACCAUCAGUUUUGUAAUGUCGAAAAAUGGUUGCACCGUUAAUUUCUUCCGAUAUAUAAUGAAAUGUCAAAUGCAUCCUGUAUGCAUGAGAACCUGAACAAUUUUGUGGGCAAGAUUCUGGAACAAAUUGUAGAAUGUUGUAACUCAAAAGAUGUGGUGUUCAGAAGAAAUUUUGGACGGUAAUUUACUUCGUCUGUUGUUGACGUUUAGGUCUGAGUCUGAUAGUACGUAAGAACGUAACGGUGAGCACAAGUAUGUAGCUGAAAAAUGUAAAAUU